GGAUGGAUUUUAAUAUAUAACCGAGUUCUUUUAACUCUAAACAUGGCCAUGUCUUUAAAUUGAGGUCUGGCAUUUUAUUGAGGCACUAGGCUCCUCGUUGGCUUCGAAGUCGGAGUUUUUCAGAUGGCAGUCUUACCCCAAGAAAUCUCAAGAAAAUCAUAAAAGAACCAUAGGAACCUCCCGUUUGAGGGUAGUUGAGGUAAAUAAGUGGCGCAAGGAGAAUAUAACUAAAAUACAAUUCUUUACGAAAUAAACAAUUCACCCUCUUUAUCAACCGUAGGGCCCGGAAGGACGUUACCCGGGGAUAGGGAACGGGCAUGCGGGCACCACACCACCCGGCAUGCGUGAAAUAUCCUAUAUAAAGCCCCGUGGCCCCACUCAAUCCACCCAUGCGCUUCAAACACCCCGCUAUCACCCAUUUUAUCAUGUCUUUAUCUAACAAAUUAUCCGUCAAGGACUUGGACGUUUCCGGCAAGCGUGUGUUCAUCCGUGUGGAUUUCAACGUCCCAUUGGAUGGCACCACCAUUACCAACAACCAGAGAAUCGUUGCCGCGCUUCCUACUAUCCAGUACGUGUUGGAACAGAAGCCAAAGGUGGUGAUCUUGGCGUCCCACUUGGGCCGCCCUAACGGUGAGGUCAACGCGAAGUAUUCGCUUGCCCCUGUUGCGGCGGAAUUGCAGAAGUUAUUGGGUGAGCAGAAGGUUACCUUCUUGAACGACUGUGUCGGUGAGGAGGUCUCGCGGGCUGUGGCUUCCGCUGCCUCAGGCUCCGUCAUUCUUUUGGAAAACUUGAGAUUCCACAUUGAGGAGGAGGGUUCCUCCAAGACCGACGGUGUCAAGACCAAGGCUGACCCGGCUGCGGUCGCCAAGUUCAGAGAGCAAUUAACCUCUUUGGCUGACAUCUACGUGAACGACGCGUUCGGGACCGCACACAGAGCUCACUCCUCCAUGGUUGGCUUCAACUUGCCCCAGAGAGCCGCCGGUUUCUUGAUGGCCAAGGAGCUCACCUACUUUGCCAAGGCGUUGGAAAACCCAGUCCGUCCGUUUUUGGCCAUUCUUGGAGGUGCCAAGGUAUCUGAUAAGAUUCAGUUGAUCGACAAUUUGCUUGAAAAAGUCGACUUGUUGAUUGUCGGUGGUGGUAUGGCUUUCACCUUCAACAAGGUUUUGACCAACAUGUCCAUCGGUAAUUCUCUUUUCGAUGCGGAUGGUGCCAAGGUCGUUCAGGACUUGGUCGCCAAGGCCAAGAAGAACAACGUCAGAAUUGUCUUGCCAGUCGAUUUUGUUACCGCUGACGACUUCAAGAAGGAUGCUAAGUCGGGUAUCGCUACCCUGGAACAGGGUAUCCCAGACGGCUGGAUGGGUUUGGACGCGGGCCCAAAGACCCGUGAGCUCUUUGCUGCUACUAUUGCCGAGGCCAAGACUAUUGUCUGGAACGGGCCACCAGGUGUCUUUGAGUUUGACGCGUUUGCUGCCGGGACCAAGUCCAUGUUGGAUGCCUGUGUCAAGUCUGCCAGCGAGGGCAACACCGUGAUCAUCGGUGGUGGUGACACCGCGACCGUUGCCAAGAAGUUUGGUUCUGCCGACAAGUUGUCCCACGUUUCUACCGGUGGUGGUGCCUCCUUGGAGUUGUUGGAGGGUAAGGAGUUGCCAGGUGUGACUUUCUUGUCUGACAAAUAGCUUCGAAGAACAAAACUCUAAGAGGCUCUUACGCUGAGUAGCUGAAACCUCUAAAGGUGAAGCUCUACAGCAAAGCUCUUGGAGUGUGUAUGAAUAUAAGAUAACGAAAUGGAGAUGUAGAUACACGCGGGACAGGGAGCUUGAGGAGCAAUAAGAUGGAGACAGAAUUAGUAAGAGGAUUGAGAACGAAACACCGAACAAAUUAUCCCCAUGCAUCAAGACAUGAUGUGGGAGUGGAGGAUCCAGCAGGAGAUUAAGGAGCAGGGAAGCUCUAAGAGGCAGUGAAUGCUGAGCUCUGAGACUUGAGGUUUCUGAUACAACAGGGUUAACGAAGUAAAGUUAUAGGAAGCUCUGUAGUUAUAGAAGCUGUAAGUGAUCUAUUAAAACAUGAGCAUUUUACAGGUAUGGCCAUAUUAGGCAAUAGAGCAGGAGUUCUCUAAUACUGAACCACCAUAAAAGUUCAUGCAGGUAAUACUGAAAUAAC